CCCCAGGAGCUGCCCAAUAUGCAAACAGCCCUCGUGUGCCUGUGCCUGUGCCUGCUCAGCACGGCCCUCUCGACGCCGGUGCCGCCGCCGCUGCCCGGGAGAGCUGCCGGGAACUGCGUGGGACAGCACCGGAUACUGCUGAAAGGCUGCAAUGCCAAGCACGGCUUCUACAUUUUCAAAUAUGUCUACUCGUUUUCGACGCGGAGGAACCAGACGCAGAUAAAGAAGGAAGAGGCCAACAGCCAGAGCACCGUCCCCGGUCACCGGCUGGGUGAGGACAAUGCCAGACGAGGGCCAACGGAGGAUGGGGCGGCCCCGGAGCGAGGUGACUACGGCAGCACCGAUGUGAUGGAGAAUGGGACCGGCCUCAAGCCCAAGAACCGCAGCGCCCCGGGCAUUGGCGGGGAUGCUCACCAUCCUCGCCCGGGCACCGGCACGCGAGCGCGUGGUGGUGUCGGCGUCGCGGGUCCCACCCCGGCCAGCUCGGAGGGCAGCGGCGACCUGGAUUUGGUGGUUGAAGUCGACGGUGAUGUUUCUAUUCUCCCCCAGGGUGGACGCCCUGGCGAGGCUGUGGCUGGGAACAGGUCCGGUAUCAGGAGUGAGGACAGGGAUGAUGGUGCCCCCGGGGGGGUUCCAGUGAACAGGGCGACGACAGCCGGGAGGGAGAGGGCCCCUGCCGCUGGAGGGGCUGGGGACGAGGGCAGCGGCGAGGCCACCGUGCCUGGCCAAGGGCAGGAGGGUGUCAUGCGGGGUGCAGGGACGGGAGGCACUGCUCUCGCCUCUGUCACCGAGAAGAUGGAGGACGUCCAAGUUGACGCUGAAGGUGUGGAUGAAUACGCUUACAUCCCCGACUCGGGCAGCGUCACCGUCACCCACGGGAAGGUGGGCAGCACAGCGAGAGACAACACCUUCACCCAAAUCUCUCCAGACAAGGACGACGAGGUCAACAUCUUCAUCGGAAGGGCCAACAUCCGCGUGGGGGAGCAAGAAACCACCCAGCCUGGUGCCACUGUUGGCAGCAAGGAUGACGGCAUCCCCACUGCAGGAACCAGCAGUCCCCUGCCCAGGCUGGGCGUCACUACGGCACACGAUGGCGACGGUGACGAUGGCAUCCCUUCUCGCGGGCAGCCUGAAGGACCGGCCACCACAGCCACCCCGAGCCAUGGGGGUAGCGUCACCAGCAGCCCCAGGGAUGGCCGUCCCACAGGAGACAAUAAGGAUGGUGCCACCACCGUUGGUGAUGGAGAAGGACCGGUGGCUCCCGGCCCCUGGAGGGUCCCUGGUGGUGAAGUUACCGUCCCCGCGGGGGCUGGCAUCCGUGGGAACGGCGGUGAUGAGGCGAGAGGUGAGGGGCAGAGGUUCGAGGGGAGGCUGGGCCGCCUGGCUGUCACCCCCCCUCGCCAGGGUGUUGACGAGGAGGCCGCAGCCACUGUCCCAGCCGAGGGGGCCAGCAUCCGCCUGGGUGCCACCGUGGCCUCCCACCGGGUGAGCAAGGGGGACUGCACCACCGCCCUGGGGAUGGCCGGCGGCCGCAAGGCAGGCGAGAGAGCCGUGGCGGGGAGAGGGGGGAGCGGGGAAGUGGGGCCAGCCACUCGCCAGCCCCGUGGGGAGGGACGGCCUGGGGCGGGGGUGAAGGUCCGUCCGGGGGGAGCGGGGCCGGACAAGCCCCACAGGACGGACAAAGCGCCGUCCCCACACGGGAAAGCCGGCAGCCGGACGUCGAGCGGGGCCCAGGCGAGGGCUGGCAGCCAUGGCAGCGAUGCCGGGGGCAGGCCGCGCGCCACCGAAGCGGGGGGCAGCCUCCCUCCGCAGGCAGGGCGAGCCGGGGGCAGCGUGGCGGCGGGCGAAGGCCGGGAGCGGGGGCGAGGUGGCGAGGCCGGGGCGGCGGUGGCAGGGGCUGGGGUCGGCCGCCUCCCUGGGCGCCACGGCAGGAGGCUGGGGCCCAAGGCACCCGGGGCGUUCGCAGCGCUGGGCCACAGCAGGCAGGUGGACCAGGUGAAGCGUGCCGACGAGCUCCACGUCCGCGAGCGGGCCUUUUACACCCUCGGCAGGGCGGGGGGCAGCCCCCGUGGCCCCUACGCCAGCCUCGGGAGUGCCGACAGCAGCCAGUCCUCCGAGGGGGAGCGGGGCAGCCGCAGUGACAGCCGACAGACGGGACUGCAGCCCUCGGGGUGGGGAGCCCCGGGGCACCCCCAUGGCCGCUGGAGCCGGGGGACCCUCUGA